GAGGACACCGCCGUCUGAGUGCACCCUUCACCGAGAGGAGACGGUGCACACCGGGAGGAGAGACGCAUGAGGGUUUCGGCUCAGGGGCUGGACUGACAACUCGGGGUUUGUCCUCCUGUCGGUGUCGGUGAGGAGAGAAGAGGAGAGGAGACAGGAGGAUCUUCAGCGCUGGAGCGACCAGCUGCCUUUCUUCUGUCGGGGCUGCGGUAAAAGUCGUUCACGAUGCCGGUGUUUCACACCAAGACCAUCGAGAGUAUCCUGGAGCCGGUGGCCCAGCAGAUCUCCCACCUGGUCAUCAUGCACGAGGAGGGGGAGGUGGACGGUAAAGCCAUCCCAGAUCUGACGGUGCCGGUGGCCGCGGUGCAGGCGGCAGUCAGCAACCUUGUGCGGGUGGGGAAGGAGACUGUUCAAACCACUGAGGACCAGGUGAUGAAGAGAGACAUGCCUCCUGCGUUCAUUAAGGUGGAGAACUCGAGCUCGAAGCUCGUCCAGGCGGCCCAGAUGCUAAAGGCAGAUCCAUACUCUGUUCCUGCACGAGAUUACCUGAUCGAUGGAUCCAGAGGGAUUCUGUCUGGAACGUCCGACCUGCUCCUUACAUUUGAUGAGGCAGAGGUGCGUAAAAUCAUUCGAGUGUGUAAAGGUAUCCUAGAGUAUCUGACAGUCGCUGAAGUGGUGGAAACCAUGGAGGACCUCAUCACAUACACCAAGAACCUGGGACCAGGGAUGACCAAAAUGUCAAAGAUGAUUGAGGAGAGGCAGCAGGAGCUGACGCAUCAAGAGCACAGACAGAUGCUGAUCAACUCCAUGAACACUGUCAAAGAGCUGUUGCCUGUUCUUAUAUCAGCCAUAAAGAUUUUUGUCGCAACCAAGAGCAGUCGAGGUGCCGGCCUGGAGGAGGCAGAGAGGAACAGAAGGUUCACCUUUGAAAAGAUGAGCACUGAAAUCAACGAGAUCAUAAGAGUCUUACAGCUCACCACGUGGGAUGAAGAUGCCUGGGCCAAUAAGAAGGACAUGGAGGCUUUGAAGAGAUCUCUGGCUUUGAUUGAGUCAAAGAUGGCACAAGCUAAAAGCUGGCUCAAAGACCCCCAUGGACAACCAGGAGACCCCGGGGAGGUUGCCCUGCGUGUGAUACUGGACGAAGCCGGUAAGGUGGGAGAGCUGUGUGCUGGGAAGGAGAGAAAAGAUAUACUGGCAACCGCUAAGGCUCUGGGACAAAUGACAGACCAGAUUGCAGAUCUACGAGCCAGAGGCCAGGGCCCGACCCCGGGGUGUGUGCAGCGUGCAGGCCAGUGCUCACAGGGCUUAGACUUGUUAUUUGGCAAAGUGGACGGUGCUGCCCGCAGAUUGGAGGCUCUAAUCAAUGCCAAGCAGGCCAUUGCCAGGAGGCUGGAUGCUGCGCAGGCCUGGCUGGCCGAUCCUAACGGCGGUCCUGAGGGGGAGGAGAACAUCAGAGCGCUUCUAGCAGAGGCCAAACGCAUCGCUGAUCUAUGUGAAGACCCCAAAGAGAGGGACGACAUCCUGCGCUCCAUCAGUGAGAUCGCAGGCCUCACCGCCAGACUGGUUGAGCUACGCAGACAGCUCAAACUGCAACCUCAUGCCACCAAUAGGUGGCAUAUUUUACCCGCCUGGAAAAUUUGUUGUUGCCUGUCAACCCUGGGGAUCAGUCCUACAAUAAGGGGUAAAGGCGACAGCCCAGAGGCCCGUGCAUUGGCAAAGCAGAUCGGGGCAGCGCUGCUUACCCUGCAGUCCAAAACCAAUCGGGCCGUGGCCAACAUGAGACCGGCCAAACCUGCCGUCACCUUGGAGGGCAAGAUGGAGCAGGCCCUCCGCUGGGUGAACAACCCCGGAGUGGAUGACAGAGGAGUUGGUCAGGCAGCGAUCAGAGGAAUGGUCGGAGAGGGGAAGAGGCUGGCAGGAGGCCUGUUAGGCCCAUAUCGGCAGGAUAUGAUUGGGCGCUGCGAUCGAACGGAGGCUCUAAUGAAUUCUUUGGCAGACAUGGCCGGCAGGGGCGAGGCUGAGGCUCCUCAUGCUCGAGCUACGGCCGCGCAACUGCAGGAUAGCCUUAAGGACCUGAGGCAGCACAUGCAGGAGGUGAUGACCCAGGAAGUAUCUGACGUUUUCAGUGACACCACCACCCCGAUCAAACUGCUGGCUGUGGCUGCAACUGCUCCUCCUGAUGCCCCCAACAGAGAGGAGGUUUUUGAAGAGCGUGCAGGAAACUUUGAGGCCCACGCAGGUCGGCUGGGGGCGACCGCAGAGAAGGCUGCUGCUGUGGGAACAGCCAAUAAGAGCACAGUAGAGGGGAUACAUGCUGCUGUGAAACAUGCCAGGGAGCUCACACCACAGGUUACCUGUGCUGCUCGAAUCUUGUUGAAGAAUCCUGGAAAUAAAGCGGCAUAUGAACACUUUGACACCAUGAAGAACCAGUGGAUUGACAACGUGGAGAGACUCACUGGUCUGGUGGACGAGGCCAUUGACACCAAGUCUCUGUUGGAUGCUUCUGAGGAGGCUAUAAAGAAAGACAUUGACAAGUGCCGAGUUGCCAUGGCGAAUGUUCAGCCCCAAAUGCUUGUUGCUGGGGCAACGAGCAUAGCAAGACGAGCUAAUCGGGUCCUGUUGGUGGCGAAGAGGGAAGUUGAGAACUCUGAAGACCCGCGGUUCAGAGACACGGUGAAACAUGCGUCAGACAUCCUCUCCCACACCAUCUCACCCAUGGUGAUGGAUGCUAAGGCAGUGGCUGGGAAUAUACAAGAUAAAGGUCUACAAAAGGCCUAUUUGGACUCGUGUCUGAGGAUCCUGGCUGCAGUCGGAAAAGUGAGAGAAGCCUUCCAACCUCAGGAACCUGACUUCCCUCCUCCACCGCCGGACCUGGACCAGCUUCAUGUUAGUGAUGAGCAGGCGCCACCAAAGCCCCCCUUGCCAGAGGGCGAGGUGCCACCGCCUCGGCCCCCGCCUCCUGAGGAGAAGGAUGAGGAGUUCCCGGAGCAGAAGGCUGGAGAGGUGCUCAGCGAGCCCAUGAUGGUGGCGGCCAGGCAGCUCCACGAUGAGGCACGCAAGUGGUCAAGCAAGCCUGAGGAUGAGGAGGCAGUAGAGGAGAGAGAGGUAGAUGAUGAAGAUGAGUUUACUGAUGGUGAGGAUGACUAUGAGCCAGAGCUGCUGAUGAUGCCCUCCAACCAGCCUGUCAAUCAACCCAUUCUGGCAGCGGCCCAGUCUCUCCACCAGGAGGCGCGCAAGUGGUCCAGCAAGGGUAACGACAUCAUAGCAGCAGCCAAGCGGAUGGCUCUGCUGAUGGCAGAAAUGUCUCGGCUGGUGCGUGGUGGGAGCGGGAACAAACGAGCGCUGAUUCAGUGUGCUAAGGACAUUGCAAAGGCCUCAGAUGAGGUGACGAGACUGGCUAAAGAAGUGGCCAAGCAGUGCACUGACAGGCGCAUCAGAACUAACUUGCUGCAGGUGUGUGAACGAAUCCCUACUAUCAGUACCCAGCUGAAAAUCCUCUCCACUGUCAAAGCCACCAUGCUGGGACGAACAAACAUCAGUGAAGAGGAGUCGGAGCAGGCCACAGAGAUGUUGGUCCAUAACGCUCAGAAUCUGAUGCAGUCAGUGAAGGAGACCGUCAGAGAAGCAGAAGCAGCUUCCAUCAAGAUCCGCACAGAUGCAGGAUGCACCCUUCGCUGGGUGCGCAAAACCCCCUGGUACCAAUAAACAAGCCUGGCCACUGAAACUAGUAACAAUCUGCACACACCUCCAGUAAAAGUAGCAAUGUGCAUACUCAUCAUGAGUAAACAUAUGCACUUCUCCACAGAGGAAACUGACGGUGAUGUGGUGUGUAUCAGGAACCGUUAGAUUUGGUACGAAGCAGGUUUCAUUUAUCGGAGUGAGUUCAGCUUUGCUCUCCAGCUCUCCUUAUCUGUAACUGUGGAAUCACGUAGGCUAACAGGAGACAGUUUUUAAUAUAUAUUUUUGGUAUGUUGUGUUACAAGAGUUUAUUCAAAUCCCAGGUAUAUAUUUUUUGCAUGAAAAUUUUUUCUAUUUUCUAAAGGCAAAUUAUGACAUUAAGAUCUCCUAGAGGACAUUUACUUUUAAUUCAUUUUUUUCAGUGAGAGUUUCUUAUUGUCUAUUGUAUAUACAGUAAUUAUUUGUUUUAUGGACAACACUCAGCUAUGAGCUUUAUACACUGAGUUUGACACUAAAGUGUGGAGUCUUGCGUGGGCCGAUGAGCCCUCCUCUCUUCAUGUUUACUUUUAGUGAUAACACUGUUCUUAACUGAAGAUCCAUGAAUUUAAAGGUGAUACAUCAUUGUCGCUGUCUGGUGAUGUUUUAGGAACGAGAAGGUCUUCUGAAUUAAAAGUGUUAUGACUUACAGGCAAAUGAUAUGGUUUCAAAAGUGAUUGUAUGAUUUAAAAAUGUACGCUUGUCAAUAAAUAACGAAUAAUGUCGAUUGCAGUAAGGUUGAUACUUAAUAGAAAAGAUGUUUUCACGUGAGAGUUGCAGUAUGAGUGAAAGUGGAGGCGAGUUGAGAUGUUUUUAAUGUGUUUUAAGUUCUUUGUUUAAACAGUGAACAAUGCCAAAUGAUUUGUUUUAUGGUACUGUAAGUUUCAGCUUAACACUUAAAGGGACAGUUCACCCUAAAAUCAAAAAUAAAUAUUUUUCCUGUUAACUGUAGUGCGAUUUAUCAGUCUGGAUUGUUUUGUGUGAGUUGCCGAGUGUUGGAUAUAUCGGCCAUAGAGAUGUCUGGCUCCUCUUCAAACGGUUACUUGAUAUAAUUAGUAGGAUGAUUAAUUGGAAGGAAGGAAGACAAUGUCCACAACCAAUAUUUUCAACACCAAAACAGUAAAGACUGAUAAAUAAGAACUGCAGGUAGAACGAAAAAUAUGUACUUUGUGUUUUGGGGAGAAAUGUCCCUUUAAAAUCCAGGUUUUACAAGCGAAACAGUUUUUUUUCUUUGGAGAUGCUGAAGUACUUUUUGAGGUCUGUUAAUUAUUUUUUUUAGCAAGAAAAAUAAAAAAAAGGAAUGUUUUCUCUUUUUUAACAAAUUGUAGUGCUUUGUUUUUGCACUAUUUCUGUAACAGUUGAACUGUUUGGAUAUUUUAUUCCAAAUUCAUCAAAACCUUUUACAUCAGACAGCCAUUCAACCUAAUGCUUAUAGACUUCUCUCCAUGUGUGAGCUCAGUUGUUCCACUCCAGAGGUCUGAAGCAUCAUCCAAAUAUAAGAUGACCCCGGUGGUUCGAGAACAAAAACGACCUCUUUUAUUUAAUACCAGGCAUUGAUGUUAGGUUUUUUAGGUGUUUUUGUGUGCAAUAAUUACACAGCAGUUAGAAGAUUCGUGACUGGAAACUACAUAAAAAAUACAAUCUGAUGAUAAAUACAUAUUUUCAUUCCCUAAACAGAAUUUCAAUCAGUUUUAUUACACAUUUUUACAAUGGCUGGGCAAAUGUAACAUUUAAAUGGAGAAUCUGUAUGCGUGUGUAUGUGUGAAGCCUCUUCACCUUAUCAGUAUUGAUGAGCUGUCCCCAUGAUGGAGAAGGACAGAGCUCUAAAUGUUAACCGCAUUUACGUCUUUAUUUGAGCCUACUGAGCAUGUAGCAGUCACUGACCCCUCACUGAGAGCGACAGGGUGUGCUUCUGUGUGUACUUGAUGUGUUCAUUCACUCCCUGAAUGUAUUCUGAUAGCUUCUCGCCCUGCCAACACAUCUGCUGUGCCUUGGAAGAAUAAAAGACUAUAAUGAUGA